AUGGCGACUACUACUGGCGAGGAGAUUUUAGAGGAAUUGGCAGCAAGGAUUGUUGAACUAGAUGAAUUAAUCCUGGAAAAGGAGACGAAACGUGUAAUGGAUACAGGGGGGCGAUUUAAUAAUGCUACUAAUGAUACCGAAGCUUUCGUGGAAAACAUGAGGAACAAGAAUACUGCGAGAGAAACGCAAUCCGACAUCAAAAUAUUCACGGAUUAUCUGAUGUCUCAAAAUAAGUGGAGAUCUCCAGAGUCUAUUGACUCGGUUCACAUUAACCGUUACCUACAGGAGAAACACUACGACGUCAAUAUUUUGACCGAUAUCAAAUUCAAACAUUCUCGUGAUGUGCUAAGUGCCAAAAUGAAGAAUUUGAAGACUCAAGGCAAAGGAAACCGCCCAAAUGCUGCUGAUUCACUAAAUAAGGAAGAGGUGUCAAUUCUGUAUGAAAAAGGGGCGCUUGGUUUAGAACUUAGAUGUUUUAUUUUUACAGGGAAUCCAACCUCACUUAACAACACCAUAUGGUGGAACAACACAACCCAUUUUGGUCUUAGAAGUCGCCAGGAACAUAUCGAUAUGAAAUGGGGGGAUGUCUGCCUAAAAACGUCGUCAGAUGGCCAAGAAUACCUCGAGUACAGUGAACGGUCGACGAAAACCAGGACAGGACAGGGAGUAGGGCGUCCAUUCAACCCAAAGAUGUUUUCUGUAACUGAUGAUCUUAGAUGUCCAGUAGAAGUCUACAAGACAUACAGAAGUCAGAGACCAGAAGCAAUGAAAGCACCUGAGUCACCUUUCUACUUGGCGGUCAACACAAACUUGUCUAAAAAUGAAAAUGCGCUUUGGUUUGUGAAACAGAACAUGGGUAAAAACAAACUAGGUUCCAUCAUGAAAGUGAUGUGUGAGCAAUGCGGUAUUACAGGUAGGAAGGUCAAUCCUUCCGCUCGAAAAACAACGGUUACCACACUUGUUCAUAAUGGUGUCCCUCCAACUGAGGUCAUGCAAAUAACUGGUCACAGGAACAUUAACUCUAUAAAUCAUUAUAGUUCAGCCUCUUUAGAGCAACAGAAAAGAAUGUCAAACAUCCUGUCAGACUUAUCGGUGGGGCCUAAUGGUGAUACUCGUCCAUAUCAGUUACAAAAUGAAUUUAGGAAUUUCUAA